GGGCUGGCCAUUGUUCUAUUUCUGUCACCUGUGGGCCACGCAGUUGUUGAUUCACAUGCAAAUGAAGCUUGCUCCCUCCCUGGCUUGUAUUACUGCCCUAGCGAGGUGCUUGGUACACAGUAUUCGGCUUUCCUUACAGCUUUACAUUUCUCUCAGUCUCUGCUCAGACACUUCGCUGAGGAGAGAAAAAGCCACAGACUGGAAAGAAACAGGCAGAGAGGCAGAUAAGCAUAAAAAGCAGGACUUGCCAUCUUCUCCUAACACUGUGUCAGAACCAGGCUGAGGCAGGGCACUGAGAUUGUAGCAGCCCUGCGAGAGAGAUUGUGCGGUUUGUGUUAUUGCUCUAUAGUGAGAGUGAUUUCUCGGAGGAGGAGGCAGAGGAAGAGAGAGAGUUGCCUGUUGUUGCGGUCUCUCCCCUGAGUGGCUGAGGGGUGGCUCUUGGUGACAGGAAACGCAAGGCUGGCGAUGAGACCUGAGCGCUGAGUGGAGUAUGCUGCAGACGAUUUACGAGGGUGAGUCAAGUUUCUCCACAACAGAGGGGCGCGUUGGACACCAGCAGCUCCCCAGCCAGAGCACGAUGCACAACGUGAACAGCUCAGUGGACAUUAAGCCAGACGUGCCAUUGGCUGUGGAGCCCUUAUUACCCCUGGACCUGCGCACGGAUCUGAGGAUGCUGGGCCCAGGCUCGGACCCAGGACUGUGGGAGCAUCAGCUGCUCCUCAUUCAGAAGCAGCAGCAGAUCCAGAAGCAGCUACUAAUCAGCGAGUUCCAGAAGCAGCAUGAGAAGCUGACCCGUCAGCAUCAAGCUCAGCUCCAGGAGCACCUCAAGCUCCAGCAGGAGCUCCAGGCCAUGAAGCAGCAGCAGGAACUUGCAGAGAAGGAGCGUUGUCUGGAGCAGCAGCAGCAGCAGCAGCAGAGCCAGCAGGAGAAGGAGCAGGAGAGGCAUCGGCGAGAGCAGCAUGUUUCCAGCCUAAACCUCAGAGGCAAGGAGCGCUCCAGAGAGAGUCUCACAGGUGCUGUGGCCAGUACCGAGGUGAAGCAGAAACUCCAAGAGUUUCUGUUGAACAAAUCAGCCAAGGACCCUGCCACCAAUGGAACCAACCAUUCUUUCAUCCAUCACCCAAAACUCUGGUACACGUCCUCUCACCACACAUCACUGGACCAAAGCUCUCCACCUCUGGGCGGCACAUCACCCACGUGCCAGUAUACUCUGCCAUCACCCAUAGAGAGCAAAGAUGACUUCCCCUUGAGGAAGACAGCCUCUGAGCCCAACCUGAAGGUCCGAUCCAGACUGAAGCAGAAAGUGGCAGAGAGGAGAAGCAGUCCGAUGCUAAAGAGAAGGGAUGGAAACAUCAUGACUCCGUACAAGAAGAGGGCCCUAGAGUUAAGGGACUCUACGCCCACUAACAGUGCCCCUGGGUCUGGCCCCAGCUCUCCUAUAGGGGCCUCCAGUGCCUUGGGGGCUGAAAAUGGGCCCUCCUCUCUGCCUACUACCACAAAAACAGAGAGAUGGCCUUCACAGCCGAGACUAUUCCGACCUGAGGGCUCCAUGUCCAUGCUGAGUUUAUACACAUCUCCCUCCUUACCUAACAUCUCCUUGGGGCUUUCAACUGCAUCCUCACCCAUUAGUGCUGUCAUGGGGUUGAAAGACCGAUCAGCAGAAAUCAGGCAUGGGCUGCCAGGGCAUCUCCUGGGCCCUGUGCCCCUGCAGACAGGCCUGGAAUCCAAGGUGAGCCCCAGUCACCAGGCUCUUCUCCAACACCUCCUCCAGAAGGAGCAGAUGAGGCAGCAGAAGAUCCUUUCCUCUGGCCUAAGCUCCAUGCCGUCCCACCCUCAGUCCCCUCUAACCAUGAAGGAUCGUCCAUCGAGUAGUCGGCCUAAACUACCAAAACACCGGCCCUUGAACCGGACCCAGUCUGCUCCACUGCCUCAGAACACACUGGCUCAGCUUGUCAUCCAGCAGCAACACCAGCACUUCCUGGAGAAACAGAAACAGUACCAGCAGCAGGUCCAUAUAAAUAAGUUGUUGUCCAAGUCCAUUGAGCAGUUACGUCAGCCCAGUGCACACCUGCAGGAAUCAGAGGAAGAGCAAGAGGAGCAGCACGGAGAGCAGACAGAGAGCAUGCAGGAGGACAGGAUGCCCCCUGGAGGAGUCAUCCGGAAGCACACGCUCAGCAGUAGCAGCAGCAGUGGCUCAAGCAGUGACCUCCCCGACGCUCACUGUGGGAUCAUCAAGGUCAAAGAGGAGCCGACUGAUAGUAUGGAUGAGGCUCUGACCAAUCAGAGCUUGGAGUCAGAGCAGAGCACCUAUCUUCACCAGGUCAAAGGCAGACUGGUGAUAAGAGCUAUGAUCUGAGAAGGGAAGAGAGGAUGAGCUCACACAUUCACAUCAUUCACAUAUAAACAGGUCUCUACACACAUGUCCAUCUACAUCCAUGUAGUUUUCACUUGCACACACACACAUACACACACAGCAACCAAGCCAGCUUUACUUGUCACCACAUACGGCCCCUUUUCACUCAGCUGCAGCCUUGCUUAUCCCACACUCUCAGACUCUCUGUUUGCGAUGUUUGUGCAAUGAUCUCUGUAAAAUCUGUACGUUUUGCUUCUGUGUAUAUAGUAUGAAGACAAUUUAGACCUUUUUUAAAAAGCUGCUUCUCGAGUCCCCUCAACUGACAAAAAGGUUUAUGUACAUAUACUGUGGAUUUAGCAUCAAAGAUGAUUUCUAGAGGGAAGGUUGGACAGGUGUACAGCUUUGAAAAGGCAACUUAUGUUCUCAUUAUGUAUUUUUUGCCAUCAAAUAUUCAGCGUUGAGAAUUAUCAUAAAGUCCUGACAGUGUGUAAAAGAAUUUAAAACUGUAUGUGCUCUGUUGUUUUUAAAGAUCUGUGAUUAUGUUCCAUGUUAAGUGGUCUCAGAACUGUAAUAAUGAACAUCUGUCUCAGAGAGAAUGUAUACUUAAAUCCUAACAGAGGACGCUCCCUUAGGGCAGACAUUUGCACCGGGAGUGAUGUUGCCAUUGGAAUAUGGUCCGCUGCUCAUAUUGCAAUUUGAAGGAUAAAGCACUAAAUUCCUGCUUGGGUGUUCACGCAUCCCCCAACGCAUCCAGAGUCUCCAUGUCACUCUGCCUCAGAGCAGUCCCAGAGCCUGGGCUCUGUGCUAAGCUGAGCUCUCCUCCCUCUCUCCCUCUGGGUCCAAAUCAAAGCUCGGGCCGGGAUCCUGCCCAGCUUUCAGCAGAGGAGUCAGACAGAGAGAAAGAGAGAGAGAGAGGGCUGGGCAGGAAAUGCCUUCUAUGAGCCAGGAGUUGGAGUGAUUCAUGUGUGCAGGAAUGUUGAGAGAGGAGGACCUAGGGUUGGAGGAGUCCAAGAGGCCAGGCUUGAGAAUUGAUUUACUGUCAAGGCGAAUUACAAAGUAAGUGGGGAUAUGGUUAGCGGAGUUCUUUUUAAGGGGAAUCGCUUCCUUCAUAUUCCCCAGUGGCAUGCUUACCUCAACACGCAGGUUUGAAGUUACAUCAAUUAAAAAAAAAGCCCCAGACGGGAUGUUGCAUCUUCUUUUUUAUUCCAAGCCUCUUUUCCCCCGAAUGUCCCUGUUGCGACAUGUAUAAUCUGUCUUAAAGUGAUCCGUCAAAUGUAUUGUGUAGCUGUUUCAUUUGUACUGUCAGCUAAAUGUAAAAAAAAAAAAAAAAAAAUGCUACUAUGAGGUUCUGUGAUUGGAUUUAUGUGAAAAUCAAAACUGUCUGUCUUAUACUGUACAUUCUCAUUGUCUGGUUUAAAUGUUUUUAGUGUAAGUAAACACAAUCAGAACAAUGUGAGUCUUGUUCUUUUGCUCCUUUGAUUCGGUUGUAAUGAGAACCCCUUUGCUGCCAGUGUGGGGGUGGAGGGGGUCCUGUGGUUUGUUCAUAGCAGUUAGUUUGCAUUACUUCUUUUUGCCUUGUGUGAUAAACCAUUCUUUUUUUUUAAAUAAAAUUCA